AUGGAAGACGCACGGGACCAAGAUCACGUGAUCAGCAGCGAAGACGAUGACGCGUCGACGUCGCCAUUGGUCCGGAGCCAUAGCGGGUCUUCCGGCUUCUCGAAGCUGCGUGCGCCCAGCACGAUCUCGAGAGUUUACACGCCGAUGAGGAGGACGAGCAGCGCCUCGUUGGUGACUGAAGUACCCACGAAGCCGACGGUAGAUCGACGAGGCAUUGCCGCCAGAACAACAGCGGACACGAAGAAUGGACCGAGGAGCUCUGAGGACGGCGUGGUGAAGCGGGUGACGGCAAAGCCGCGCGUGAGGGACGACAGCUACGGCUUGACGAGGACUGACAGUAUGGGCAGCUUGAGCAGUGUGGCCAGUAGUGGGGCAAGUGGGUCGUCGCUCUCGAGGUCGAGGAUCCAGUUGCAUUCUGGUGCAGCGUCGGAGCGCAGGAAGACGCUACAUGAGCUGGUCGGUAGCAACCGGGAGAACCGACGUAGCAGUUUCUGCUCGCAGUCGUCGGCAUCGUCGAUGGCCUCGUCCACGACGUCAGCGUCGUUUCGAUCGGCAGCGUCGUCGAGAAUGACACCAACGCGGAGAAGUGUGGGGACUAGUGCCGCAACCGCAUCACAAGGACGCAUUGAGUCGGCGCUACAAAAAGUGUGGCCAGCUACAGCUCCAUCCGUGACGGUUGAUCCAGAAGACUUUACGUUGAAUGAGGAGUCCGUAUUGGCGUUGAAGAAGGACCAUGAGCUGACGGACAAAGGUGUUGAGGAACUGCUGAUGUACGUGUCUUCUGCGACGCCAAGUAAAGUGCUGACGACGGCAAAUUUGAAAGCUCGACAAGACGAGAUCAAGCUGAUGACGGCAGGAUUGCGUCGAUUGCGUGUACACAGCGAAGGACUGAUGAAGUGUUGUGAGGCUUUUGAGAUGAAGACUCUGGAGCAGAAUGAGUACGUCGACGCGUCAGCUGCGGAGAUUAAACGGUUGACUCAUUUUCUCGACUCGCAGCCUGCUAAACACACGAAAGUAUUGUCCGAAGAACUGGAACUGGAAGACUUUCAUAGUGAAGGGCCGUUGUCGAAGUCACCGCACUUGACCUCCGACUCGGAGACUGCAUCGACAGUUUCGUCGCAGAAUAUCUUUCCGAGAUUGUCGAAGGGAGAGACUGAUCAGCAGCGUCACGAGCUUCAGCAGGCGAUGCAGGAAGACUCGCCGUUGUCGUCUUACGUGCGCGGUAUUCUGAAGAAGGCCACGGACAAGAUCGAAGAGAAGUGGAAAAUGCGGUUUGCGGAGCAACUCUUGGAACACGAACAAGCACUAGCUCAGGAACGUGAGCGGUCGUCGGAGUCGGUGCUCUCCAGCUCGCGCUUGGUAACUGAGACUCUACAUGGCAAAGAUGACGAGCUGAAGGCCAUCGAGGAGCUGAACAUGAACUUGAACCAGAAGAUCCGGCAAUUGGAGUUGGAUCUAGACGCUGCUUGCUCAGAACGGGAUUUUUUCAAGCAGCAGAUGGACGAUGAUGACGAAGAGCGAUCAGUUAGUGCUCAUAGUUUUUGGGAGAAAACGACGGACUUGGCUAAGCAGAACCGCAAUUUGACCGAAGACUUAUCCCAAGCAAACAAGAAGAUCGCGCACCUAAGCCAGACGAUCUCGAUCAUGAAAUCCAGGACGUCAAGUCUAAAGACUGAAAACGGUGAUCGUGUUCGUGCGUCCAAGUCUAUCGUAGCAGAGAAGAAUUUGUUACAAGACAAGUUGGCUGCAAUGGAGGCCAAGUUUGAAGACGAGAAGAACCGUCGGGAGCAGUUUCAAGUAAAUGUAGAGCAGCUGACUGUGGAGAAUACAGCGUUGUAUGCACAAAUGGUGGCUCUCCAGACGACGCACGAAGCGAAGUUGGAGGAGCUGCAGACGCGCCAUGAAAAGCAAAAAGUAUCACUUGCAGGCGACAUGAAGCUUUUGCAAGACCAGAAUCGGCUGAUGCGGGAAGCUGGGCCUAGGAGCCAAAACAAAAUGCCUAGUAGCAGCGUGGUCAUCAGUGGAUCGAGUAAUGAUAGUUGUACGCUUCAGACGGGCGACAAAGCAGCGACUCAGCGUAUCCGGGAGUUGACGGACAAUUUGUUGGAGGCGCAACAAAGCCUUGUUGAGAAGUCAAAUACUAUUGCGGAGCUGGAGCUGACGAUAGUUGAGGGUGAUGCAAUGCGCCGCAAACUACAUAACGCCAUUCAAGAGCUGCGUGGCAACAUUCGCGUGCACGUAAGGUUGCGUCCAUUCCUGCGGUCUGAUGGCAUGGAAGCGUCGGCGGAGAAUCCACAGUCGGCUAUCAUUUGCGAUACCUUUGCUUCAACGAUCACGACAAAUGUCGAGAACCCUCACACGUUCGCGUUCGACAAGAUUUACGGUCCGUCGGACUCGCAAGAAUUUCUGUUCAAGGACGUGUCGGACUUCAUUCAGUCUGCGAUGGAUGGCUACAAUGUAUGCAUCUUUGCUUAUGGACAAACAGGGUCUGGGAAGACUCACACUAUGCAAGGAAGUGGCAAGGCGCAGAUGCGCGGUAUCAUCCCACGAUCGAUCGAUUUGAUAAUCCAGUCCUGUGAAGAAUUGACGUCAACGGGAUGGCAUUUCUCGCUCAUGGUGACGUUCUAUGAGAUUUACAAUGAGACCAUCCGUGACUUGCUUACCUCGGACAGCUGUAAGGAUACGAAGCACAGCAUCCGCACGGAUAGUCGAGGAAAGAACUACGUGGAGGGGCUGACUGAGGUCAUCAUCGAUUUUGACCAGGCAGCAGGGCAGGUGGACGAGAUCGUCACUUUGGCUGCGUGCAACCGGUCCGUGGACCGCACCGACAUGAACGCGCACUCAUCUCGCAGCCAUAGUAUAUUCGCGCUGACGAUCCGGGGGUAUAACGAGGUGCAAAAGACCGAGGUCGAAGGGAGCCUGAGUUUGGUCGAUCUCGCUGGUAGUGAGCGACUAGGCCGAUCGAAUGUCACGGGGAAUCGUCUGAAGGAGGCACAGGCGAUUAACAAGAGUUUGAGUGCGUUGGCUGACGUGUUCCAAGCUCUAGCAAAGAAGUCCCCUCACGUGCCAUACCGGAAUAGCAAGCUCACGUACGCGCUGCAGCCUGCGCUCUCGGGUGAUGGCAAGACUCUAAUGAUGGCCAACUUGUCUCCAACAUAUGCGUCCCUGGACGAGUCCUUGUGCAGUAUGCGCUUUGCACACAAGGUGAGCCAGUGCGAGCUUGGUGCUCCUGUGCGUCAGAUCAAAUCCACGAGACGUCAGUCACUGGGCCCUGGGGAUAUCAGUCGUGGUAGCCGGAGAAGCUCGCCUGCUAGUGAAUCUCGACGAAGCACGCUCACACCGGGUGCGCUGAAGAGACUGCUGUAA